AUGGCGACGGCCUUCUGGUUGCUUCUCUUCCUUCUGGGAAGCCUCCAUGUUCUGACUGCAGCUCAGAAUAGUUCCCAAUCCGAAUGGCCUAUACAUGACAAUGGGCUGAGCAAAGUUGUACAAUGGGACCAUUACAGCUUUUACAUCAACGGGCAGCGGAUAUUCCUGUUCUCGGGGGAGUUCCACUACUGGCGUAUCCCAGUCCCAGCACUAUGGCGGGACAUAUUGGAGAAAAUCAAGGCGAUUGGAUUCACUGGCUUUGCGUUCUACUCUAGCUGGGCUUACCACGCACCCAAUAACCAGACUGUUGAUUUCUCGACUGGUGCUCGUGACAUCACCCCGAUAUAUGACUUGGCAAAGGAGCUUGGAAUGUACAUCAUCGUGCGCCCUGGGCCAUAUGUCAACGCCGAAGCCAGCGCUGGAGGGUUCCCACUCUGGCUUACGACAGGCGCAUAUGGCUCGACGAGAAAUGACGACCCCAGAUAUACAGCGGCCUGGGAACCGUAUUUUGCGGAAGUGUCCGAAAUCACCAGCAAGUAUCAGGUUACCGAUGGUCAUUAUACACUUUGCUACCAGAUCGAGAACGAAUACGGACAGCAAUGGAUUGGGGAUCCGCGUGACAGGAACCCUAAUCAGACAGCUAUUGCUUACAUGGAAUUGCUACAAGCCUCGGCUCGUGAGAAUGGUAUCACUGUUCCAUUGACCGGGAACGACCCUAAUAUGAACACAAAAUCCUGGGGCAGUGACUGGUCAGAUGCUGGAGGCAAUCUUGAUACGGUGGGCUUGGAUUCGUACCCUUCUGAAGUCCAACCGACUAUGCCGUUCUUCAUGCCCGAGUUUCAAGGCGGAUCUUAUAACCCGUGGGACGGACCUGAAGGAGGGUGCACUGAGGAUACUGGGGCCGAUUUUGCGAAUCUGUUCUACAGAUGGAACAUCGGCCAACGGGUAUCUGCGAUGAGUCUAUACAUGAUGUUCGGAGGAACAAACUGGGGCGGUAUCGCGGCACCUGUCACUGCGAGCAGCUAUGACUAUUCUGCGCCAAUUUCAGAAGAUCGCUCGAUAGGAUCCAAGUACUAUGAGACCAAGCUGCUAGCUCUGUUUACUCGAUGCGCAAAGGACUUGACCAUGACCGACCGUCUGGGGAAUGGGACACAAUAUACAGACAAUGAAGCCGUCAUCGCGAGCGAAUUACGGAAUCCAGAUACCAACGCUGCUUUCUACGUGACCACCCACUUGGAUACUACAGUCGGCACGGAUGAGUCGUUCAAGUUGCACGUCAACACAUCCAAAGGCGCUCUCACAAUCCCAAGGCACGGAGGUACUAUCCGGCUCAACGGUCAUCACUCCAAAAUCAUCGUGACCGAUUUCAACUUUGGAUCCGAGACACUUCUGUAUUCUACAGCAGAAGUUUUGACCUACGCGGUCUUCGACCGUAAGCCAACUCUUGUCCUCUGGGUGCCGACGGGUGAAUCUGGCGAAUUUGCCAUCAAGGGCGCGAAAUCGGGAUCGGUCGCGAAAUGCUCAGGAUGUUCAAAUAUAAAGUUCCACCGCGAUAGCGGAUCAUUGACAGUUGCGUUUACCCAGGGAGAAGGGAUAAGUGUCCUGCAGCUAGAUAAUGGUGUACGAGUGGUUUUGCUUGACAGACAGAAGGCAUACACAUUUUGGGCUCCUGCAUUGACAGACAACCCGCUUGUUCCUGAGGGUGAAAGUGUUCUCGUUAGCGGCCCCUACCUCGUCCGAACGGCCAGACUAGCAAGGUCGACGUUAACAUUACGAGGCGACUCCAAGGGCGAAACAUUGGAGAUCUUUGCACCCAGGAAGAUCAAAAAGGUUACAUGGAACGGGAAGGCUGUAGAGGCGACAAGAACCUCAUAUGGCAGCCUCAAAGCUAUUCUGGCCAAGCCGCCUUCUGUCGAACUGCCUACUCUCAACGGGUGGAAAUACAGCGACAGUCUUCCUGAGCGAUUCCCAACCUACGAUGACUCGGGCGCUGCAUGGGUUGAGAUAGAUGCGAAUCAUAUGACAACCCCGAACCCUAACAAACCAGCUACACUGCCCGUCCUCUAUGCCGACGAAUAUGGAUUCCACAACGGCGUGCGGCUAUGGCGCGGCUACUUCAACAGUAGCGCCUCAGGCGUUUACCUCAACAUCCAAGGCGGCGCCGCAUUCGGCUGGUCCGCCUGGCUAAACGGCCACUUCCUUGGCUCUCACCUAGGCUCGGCCUCUAUUCAGCAAGCAAAUGGCACCCUCGACUUCCCAGCAAACACUUUGAACACAGAGGGCACGCCCAACGUCCUCCUCGUCGUCCACGACGACACAGGCCACGACCAGACAACAGGCGUUCUUAACCCACGAGGCAUUCUCGAAGCGCGGCUACUCUCUGAAGCUUCAGACAACAACGACGAUGACUCACCAGGAUUCACGCACUGGCGCGUUGCCGGCACCGCAGGGGGGGAAUCAGACCUCGACCCCGUCCGCGGCGUCUACAAUGAAGACGGCCUGUACGCCGAACGCGUGGGUUGGCAUCUUCCGGGAUUCGACGACAGCAAGUGGGCCACAGUUAACGGGACCUCGCUCUCCUUCACUGGGGCAACAGUCCGGUUCUUCCGCACCGUCAUUCCACCACUCUCUAUCCCUGAAAACACUGACGUUUCUAUCUCCUUCGUCUUCUCGACUCCCAACGUGAACAAUACAUCAGCAGGCAAUACAUCCGCUUUCCGCGCCCAGCUCUUUGUUAACGGGUAUCAGUACGGCCGGUAUAACCCCUACGUUGGGAAUCAGGUUGUGUACCCUGUUCCUCCUGGGAUCCUGGACUAUAACGGGGAGAACACGAUUGGUGUUGCUGUUUGGGCCCAGACAGAGGCCGGCGCGAGGUUGAAUCUGGACUGGAGGGUUAAUUAUGUGCUUGGGAGUUCGCUUGAUGCUGGGCGGCUGGAUCUAUCCUUCGUUGCAAUUGCCUACGUCUACAUAUUCGAAUGUCUUCAACUAUGA